UGGCAUGAAUGAGUUAUUUGGUGUUCAGAUAAGACUUCGGAAACGUAUUUUUUAGCGUUACUUAACUGAUUUACAAGGAGACAAAAAUGAACUUUAUUAUUUGGGUACCUGGGAUAUAGAAGCUGAGGAUGAUAAGAAGGACAGAGAAUUUAAUUUGUUUUUUAUGAGACCAGUAUUUUUUUUUACAUUUGUUUCUAUUAGAGUUGAAAGAACCCAAUAUUUUUUGUCAAAAAUGUACCUGUCAGUUGUGUUUAAGGCGACUUCAUUGGAUACUGUUGUAGUCGGUGACAUAAAGGACGUUUAUUCGCUUCCUAGAGAGAAAAGAUGGAUGCUAUAUCGUUUCUGGUGUACGAGACUGCAAAAUUAUGCCGAAGAAAGGCUGAAAGUCAUGCUUCAAAGUUACAAGGAUUUAACAGGUGAACUAAAGCAGAGGAAAGUCAGUUGUGAAAAUGAUAUCAUUGGUGCAACAACAACUGGUGCGGCCAAGUCAAGAGCCCAAUUAAACGAAAUAGGAUGCCCUGUCGUGAUUGCGGAAGAAGCAGCAGCAGUUUUGGAGGCUCACCUCGUUGUAAGCAUACCUCUUCAUUGCAAACAUGCAAUUUUGAUCGGAGAUCACCAGCAAUUAAGGCCGAACCCAGCUGUUUAUGAAAUGGCUAAAGAGUACAAUCUUGAAAUUUCGUUAUUUGAAAGAAUGGUGAGAAACAGUUACCCUUAUAAAGCACUAUUGGUCCAGCACCGGAUGAGUCCGUUGAUUUCUGAUACAUUAAUGAAACAUUUUUAUCCCGAACUGGAGAAUGGCAGUAAAGUUUUCCAUUAUCCCUCAGUACGCGGUACUUGUCAGCCUCUAUUCUUUAUCAGUCACAAAUAUCCUGAAAACCAGUCUAGUUUGUUUUGUCACCAAAAUGAAUUUGAAGCUGACUUCGCUGUAAGCUUAACGAAUUACUUUCUUCAGCAGCACUACGGAUUGGAAGAAGUAACGAUUUUAUGUGCCUAUUUGGCGCAGGCAGCGCUCGUAAAGCGUUUAGCAAAACAGAAAUUCAAUGACUUUGAAAAGCUUGUCAUUGAAACGGUCGAUGCUUACCAAGGAAAAGAGAACAAUAUAAUUAUUUUUUCGGCUGUUCGUUCGAUUCCUUCCGCCUCUAUUGGAUUCUUGGCCGUUCCGAAUCGCGUUUGCGUAGCUUUGUCGCGAGCUAGAUAUGGAUUUUACAUGAUUGGUAACAUGGAUGUUCUGACGCACUUUUCGAAACUGUGGCGGAAGAUAUGCAAUUCUUUAAUUUAUGAGAAAUGCAUUGAGGAUGCGUUUCCAGCUUACUGUGCUGUACAUGAUCGCCUUCAGGUCAUUUUCGUUGAUUUGAAUUCAGAUUUCUUAAAUAAAACUCUUAAUGGAGGUUGCGAUAUUCCAUGCGGCUUCUUACGACAGUGCGGCCAUUAUUGUCGAAGGACAUGUCACAAUGACGAUCUUGAUCACAUGGCUCAGUGUGAUGGUAUUUGUGAAAAACUGUGUAAGAAUAAAGCAUUUAUGCAUCCUUGCGCUAAAAAGUGUGGACAGGUUAGUAGUUUUUUAAGAUGUUUUGAGGCCGAGUUAUUUCCAUGUGGUCAUACAACAGGAGUCGUUUGUUACCUCUAUGACACAAUUCGGUGUAAGCAAAAGUGUGAAAAGACUUUGGAUUGCGGGCACCUCUGCUCAAAAAAAUGUUGUGAAAGUUGUGAUUGUGACAAGGUAGGUUUACUAAACAGCUUUUACUUGUGUUAUUUUCACUUGAUCUUGAUACGAAUAAUGGGUAUGCGAAGAAGAUUGGCUUGUGGUCAUGAAGUGGAAGUAUUUUGCGGGCGGGAUAGCGUUGACGUAAAGUGUACAGCAUUUGUGGAAAAGAAGUUUGUUCAUUGUGGUCAUUCUGCUUUGGUUCGUUGUUCAGAAUGGGACAGUGCUGUUUGCGACGUAAUCUGUGGGAAGCAGUUACCUUUUAAUUGUGGACAUCGCUGCAUAUCAAAGUGUGGAAUCUGUUGUCCUAAGACUUGCAACAACCCUUGUUCAAAGCUUCUUCCAUGUGGUCAUCCUUGUCAACUGCUUUGUGGGGAACCCUGUAAGACAGACUGCGACUAUAGCUGUGAAAAUGAAUCUCCUUUGUUGAACUUUCAGGGUAGUUUGCGGAGAUGCAAAGAUCCGUGCAUUUUUUGUUUGGAAGCUUGUGCAACCAAGGGUUGUGGGAAGAGAUGCUGGGAACCAUGCAACUUUGUAUCUUCUAUUUCUCCUUGUCUUCUAUGUCUGGAGUGUGGCCACCGGUGUUUGGGGCUUGAGUCAGAGAAGUGCCCAGGUGGUGUAUUUCAAACGAACCUUUAUUUGUUAAAGCCAGUAGAAAGCGGGAAGCGAGUAAUACAGUUUGAAAGUUGCAAGUGUGUCUUGCUUGUAGAGGUAGGUUUUCUACUUAAUUGUGGUGAAAAAAAAGCCUUCCCACGUGUAGCGUACGCAUGUAAAUGGUCUUGUUUUCUAAAUUGUACGGUAGCUUACUAA